UCUCCACUGAAGAGAUUCGCGUUCGGUCAGUCAGUGCACCGUCGAAAGUAAAAGUAAACACAGUUUACGAACUACUUCUUGUUUUGUUUAUUUUUACUGGUCGGAUUCAUUUGCAGGAAGUGUUUUCUUAUUAGGUAACUUUGUAUCAACGAGAAAAAGUCGUGUCAGGUUAGUCUAUAUUUUGCGAGUAUCCCAGGAUAAUGAAUCCUAAUACCAUUUUACCACGUCUGGACCCUAAUACAAUAAAAUCCAACACCAUAUCACCAAAAAUCAGCCAAUUGCACCAAAUCUAUGAUUCCUCCAACACGAAAUUCACCAAAAAACAACAAGACGAAUUGAACAGGCAACUGAAGCAAAAUACCCACCACAGCCCAGAAGUACCGAAACGUUUACUAAUUGAUGAUCUUAAGCCUACAAAAGCUGUUAAUAGUAAGUUUGAAGAUUUAGGCAAGCAUAAAAAGCAAAGAAGCUUAAAUCUUGAUGGAAAUAUGGGACAUGAGGGGGUGGAAUCAAAGGAGGUAGUAAUUGAUGUCGAAAGUGGUGUUAAAAGUGUAAAAGAAUGUUUAGGGAUUGCUAGGAGGGCAUUUAACAGUGGCAGAAUGAGAAGCGUUGGAUUUAGAGAGAAACAACUUAGAGGCCUCCUAAAAUUCCUGGAAGAUCACAAGGCAGAGAUAGAGGCUGCCCUGCAUAAGGAUCUAAGGAAGCACAAGCAAGAGACCAAUAUUUCCGAAAUCGAGUUGGUGGCCAACGAUUUAAGACAAACUUUAAUAAAACUCAAACAAUGGAUAGGACCUCAAAAACCCAAGAAAAGGUUUAUCAAUAUUCUAGAUAGUGUAUAUGUUUAUAACGAUCCAUAUGGAGUUGUACUUAUAAUAGGUGCUUGGAACUAUCCCAUUUUACUUACCCUUGGACCUUUAGUUGGUGCUCUAGCAGCAGGAAACACGAUAAUACUCAAACCAUCCGAGUUGGCUUCAGCUACAAAUCAAGUUAUCUCUGAAGUGCUGACAACUUAUCUGGAUAAAGAAUGCUUUCAGGUAUACCUUGGAGGUAUUGCAGAAACAACUGACUUACUCAAAGAACGAUUUGACUAUAUAUUUUUCACUGGUUCUUCAAAAAUCGGAAAGAUCGUUUAUCAAGCGGCUGCUAAGACCUUAACUCCUUGCACCUUAGAGCUAGGUGGUAAAUGCCCACUUUACUUGGACGAUACAGUCGAUAUGCAGAAAGCAGCAAAAAGAAUCCUUUGGGGUAGGAUGCUGAAUAGUGGCCAAACGUGUGUUGCUCCAGAUUACGUGCUAUGUUCCAAAGAAGUUCAAGAAAAGUUUUUAAUAGAGGCAGAGAAAAUCAUUAAGAAGUUCUGGGGUGAGGAGGCAAGUAAAUCUGAGAGUCUUAGUAAGAUUAUCACCGAAAGGCAAUUUGUAAGGCUGCAAGAGUUUAUUAACAGUGAAAAAGUUGCCCUGGGAGGACUAGUAGACGAAAAGCAACGUAUUAUUGGACCAACUAUUUUGACAGAUGUUAACCCACAUAGUGCUGUCAUGGAGGAAGAGAUAUUCGGUCCAAUUUUGCCAAUUUUGAACGUUAACAGUUCACAAGAGGCAAUUGAUUUUAUUAACUCAAGAGAAAAACCUUUGGCCCUAUAUGUAUUUUCAAAAAGUAAAAAGAUUCAGGAGCUAUUUUUAUCAAAAACUUCAAGCGGAGGCGUAACAAUUAAUGAUACAAUUUCUCAUAUAGGAACUGAAAAUUUACCAUUUGGAGGUGUUGGACUCAGCGGACUUGGAAACUAUCAUGGAAAAUAUGGAUUUCAGACUUUUAGCCAUAAAAAAGGAGUGUUGGUGAAAGAUUUUAGUGCUAUUUCUGAGCUGUCGCUUAAUAUCAGAUACCCACCAUAUAGCGAUAAGAAAACGAAUCUUAUUAAUAUGGUUUUGAAGAAAAGAAGGGGCGUUCCUAUGAAAUUUUUUGAUAGGAUACUGAUUUUUUGUUUGGGCGUUGUUUUGGCGUUCGUUUUUCAAUAUUUUUUUGUACUUAUAUGAUUUUUCCUAUGGAAAUUUUCUCAAUUUUAUUUUAAUUAUAUAUUGAGGAACAUUUGAAUUGGUUCUAAAAUGUAAUUUUAUUUAGAACAAAUUUUUUAAGGCCAAAACACGCUGAUCACUAAUUUUUUACACAACGAAGUCAACUUAAUUAUCUUUCUAUUGUAAGUUCACUGAACCAUUGAUACUUAUAAUUAGAGACCCCUAUUCCUGCACUCUGCUUUUAGGUAGAGUGCACGAAUCGGGAUUUAUCCUUGGAAAUUUUAAUUUUCUAAUAAUUUUUUGUGAAUACUUUUUUGUAUAAUUUUAUUUAAUAAAUUGUUUUUUUUUUUA